AUGCUCAGUGGUGAUCCUCAGACACCAGCUUAUGCAGCUUUAGAUCACAUACAUAAAAUACCAGAUUUCAAUACCAGUUACCCGAAGAUCCCAGUACAUUCUGUUAGCUAUUCUGAUGCAGAGGUUCUCAUGAGGAAUCUGACGGGCAACCAUAUGGGAGAUGCCUGGCUUGGUGGAUUAGACAUCAGCUAUAAUACAGGCCCAGGCUACAUGGAACCAAAUAAUAACAGAGUGGUGAAAUUAUCAGUGAACAAUCAGAGGUCAAGAAGAGACAUCAGCAACAUAAUAGGAGUCAUCAGAGGAAAGUAUGAAAAAGAUAAAUAUGUUAUUGUUGGUGCUCAUGUUGACUCCUGGACACAGGGUGCAGUAGAUUCCGGCAGUGGUUAUGCCAUUCUUAUGGAACUGGUCAAGUCAUUCUCGAAUGUUAUGAAAAAUGAAGAAUGGAGACCACGACGAACCAUUAUAUUUGCAUUGUGGGAUGCAACUAAAUAUGGCCAUAUUGGAGCCUAUGAGUGGGUGCAGGAAUACAGUAAACAGCUCAGCAGUGGUGCUGUAGCCUAUAUAAAUCUUGAUGCAGUCAUCAGAGGUAACCACAGUUUCUUUGCUGCUGCAAGCCCACUUUUGGUAGGUUUGAUCAUGAAUGCUACCAAAACAGUCAGCUGUCCAUUUGCAGAACCAGGUUCAAAACAUACAGUCUAUGACACUUGGCUUAAUAAUUUCCCGAAUAUAGAAAAAACGCGUCCAAAUAUUUCCCAGCUUCAUGGUGAUGGUGACCACUCCCCUUUCAUCUACCAACUGGGGAUUCCAUCUCUGGCACCAGCAUAUAUGUACAACCAAGAUGUUUAUCCAUACCUGCCCACCUAUCCAGCAUAUAAUACAUUGGUUGAUACAUUUGACUACCUGAGAGAUUUCAUUGACAAAAACCUCACCCUUCACAUGACAGUGGCCAAAGUUGUGGCUGAGGUCAUCCUUCGCCUUUCUGACUCUUUAAUUCUUCCCUUGGAUGUCAACAACUACGUGUGGCAUGCACUCAAUGUGGGCCGUGAAAUGCUUGGACGUUUUAACAAAACAUAUGAGCAGGCAGGAAUCUCAUUGAGUACACUAUACCGAGCAAUGGACAACUUCUCGAGGGCUGCAGAUGAUUUCUUCCAGUUAUACCGAGACUUACCAGUCAAAAAUCUCAGUGAAUACGAAAUACAUUUAAUCAAUCAUCAGCUGAUUCGUCUGUCUCGAGCGUUUAUAGUCGACCGUGGUCUUCCUGGCCAGCCCCAUUACAAAAAUGUUCUGAUGUCACCUCACCCGGACAAUAUAAAUGAACAACUUAUAUUUCCUGGAGUGAUUUCAGCAACAAUGACCGGAGAGAGUAGUGGAGAUUUCACUACCCUUAAGGAGCAACUGGCAGUCCUAGUGCUUGCUUUCCAGACGGCGCAGGAUGUUCUAAGUGAUGGCCUCAUUGGUCGGGAUGAAUGGUAA